AUGGAUAGACGCAAUCGUUUCUCGCCAGAUCCCGUUCUUCAGUCGCUACGAGCCCGUGCGGUGAGCCAGCCGCCCCGGUCAUCAGGCGUACCAGAAUAUCCAGCGUUUGCAUUUCCAGAGGUCGGAACAUCUCCUCAUCAGCGGUCUGCGCAAUCUCCAGCUCGCGAACGCCCCUGGGGCCAGCGACUCGGCCGCUCCCCCGCCGCGGUUUCUCGCAUGGCCCAGGGUCAGUUGAGGUCCGCAUCCUUCUCUGCUUCAGAGUACCCACAGGAAAACGACAUUUGGAGACCAAGCGGAAGCCAUUUCCCUUCCACCUUUGAGGACGAUGAAGAAUCCUUGGAUGCAUGGACGGAUAAUUUCACAGGCCAACCACGCUCAUGGGCCAAUACUGAGUCAAGAUAUCGACCUCAUCAAAUUCCUGGUGCACGAAGCAGAAGUCUUGUCCCGACUCAUGGUCUCUCCCCCACAAACUUCAAUGGUCCACCGAACGACUGGAACGAUCGAGGUCUUUCCAUAUCGAUAGAUCAACGAUUUCUCGAUGGGUAUCCGACCUCUCGUCUCAACGGCUCGAGGGCACAUUCACUCCAAGGUACUUCGUCGAUGCCAGCCGCGCUCGCUCAUCGGGGUUCGCAACAAGAGAUUUCCAACCUAAGCCCCUUUUCUCGAGACCGUCUCGGGUCUCGACUAGGCAAUGAAGAGCUGCCGGGCGGUUAUGAUCCUUGGUCCCCCAUCAUGAGUUCCAUGAGGGAGGAGGAACCUGGGAGUGGAGCAACGAGUCGCCGGCACAGUGUGAGCGUUGUCCAACCUCGCACACGUGGAGUCGGAUUUGCAGCAAGUGCUGCUCCCAGCGGGGACGACGGUAAUACCAGCAGUCGCAUGCCAGUCAACGCUAGCAUGGCCAUGUUCUCAGACGAGGAACUGGCCGGCAACUUUGGUGUCCUCAACCUGAAUAGCAACUCUUCGCCAGUCACCGACCUUCUUCCGACGGGGACCUCCUCCUUUCCAUACUCAUCAUCCCGUCUCGGUGUUCAUGCCUACGGCAGAGCGAGGAACAAUGGCAUGCAUGGCUACCCGAACAUUGACACCCACCUACAGCGUAACCGAACACCGUCGGACGGCAGGUCGCCCGUUGGUGAGGCCACGUACGGCUCAGGGAAAGCAACAAACAUGGAUCAACUAAGUGUAGCUCUGAAUCAAGCUACACGCUCUGGAAAUGCGUCGCCUCUGGCUGCCUCUCAUUCCAGAGACUCAUCUCCUGGUCAAGAUGGCAAGGAGCCAUCACCUUCGGCGCAGGGAGAUCAUUAUAUAAAUGACCCCCACCCAUACGACCGUCAGGUAUCGGAAGCGAGUCAGGGUAUUGGGAUUGACGACGUUCCUCGAACAUCUCGGCUUGUGCUCCUCGAAUUUAAGCUCGGCCGCAAAGAGGUUUUCUUCUGUGAUGCAAACCUUCGUGUCGCAAGAGGUGACAGAAUGAUAGUCGAAGGUGACAGAGGCAAGGAUAUCGGCGUGGUAGUGGAUCCCGAUGUGGAAAGGAGUUGGCUCACCGCGCAACGACAUGGCCUAGGAGCAGACUCAAUGGGCUCUGCUCUACACACUAAAGCGAAGAGAGCAUAUGCCAUUGCCGGACCACAAGAGGCGCAGGACCUCGCAAAGAAAGAAGAAGACGAGCAGAAGGCAUUGCAACUAUGUCAAAACAAAGUUCGCCAGAAGAAGCUACCGAUGCAAGUCGUAGAUUGUGAAUUUCAAUGGGACCGACGCAAGUUAACAUUUUAUUUCAUCGCUGAAUCCAGAAUAGACUUCCGUGAUCUGGUUCGGGAGCUCUUUAGACUGUACAAAACUCGUAUAUGGAUGUCAUGUAUCUCCGGUCCUCUCGCGGGACCGACAGCCAAUGUCGUGUACUAA